AAAUACUGUAAAUGAAAGCCGAACUCCGUUUUAAUACUCUGCAUAAAGCUAAUGCCUAGGCCUUUUGUCCUUUCUGUAAUCAUGUCCUCAGAGAGCACAUUGGACGAUGGUGACACUUUUAAGAUCCUGAUUGCUACUGAUAUCCACCUUGGUUACCUCGAGAAAGACGCCGUCCGAGGCCGGGACUCCUACAUCACAUAUGACGAGAUCUUAAAAUGUGCCCAGACAAAUCAGGUGGAUUUCAUCCUGCUUGGUGGCGAUUUGUUUCACGACAAUAAGCCGACUCGUCGCUGCCUCCACUCCUGCAUCACCACGCUCAGGAAAUACUGCAUGGGAGACUCGCCUAUACAAUUCAACAUACUGAGUGACCAGACAGUUAACUUUAACACCACCCAGUUCCCGUGGGUUAAUUAUCAAGAUGAAAACCUCAACAUCUCCAUUCCUGUGUUCAGCAUUCAUGGUAACCACGACGACCCAACAGGGGCUGAAGGUUUGUGCGCACUGGAUCUGCUCAGUGCCUCUGGUCUGAUAAACCACUUUGGUCACUCCAAUUCCGUGGAGAAGAUUGAGAUCAGUCCUAUACUUUUGCAGAAAGGCAACAGCAAGCUUGCCCUAUAUGGCCUUGGAUCCAUCCCAGAUGAGCGCCUGUACAGGAUGUUUGUCAACAAUCAAGUGACGAUGCUCCGUCCGAAGGAAGACCAAGAUGAGUGGUUUAACCUGUUUGCCAUUCACCAGAACAGGAGUAAGCACGGCCCCACAAACUACAUCCCUGAGCAGUUCCUGGAUGAAUUUCUCGACCUGGUGGUGUGGGGUCACGAGCACGAGUGCCUGAUUGCGCCGGCCAGAAAUGAACAGCAGCUCUUCUACGUGACACAGCCUGGCAGCUCUGUAGCUACCUCGCUCUCUCCUGGAGAGGCUACCAAAAAGCACAUAGGGUUGCUGAAGGUGAAAGGUCGGAAAAUGAACAUGCAGAAGAUCCCCCUGAAAACAGUGCGUCAGUUCUUCAUCCAAGAUGUGGUACUUUGUGACUACCAGGAUCUGUUCACAGUGGAUACACCGAAUGUCACCAAGAAGAUUGAGAACCUUUGCCACGCCAAGGUCAACGAGAUGCUAGAACAAGCCGAGAGGGAGCGGCUGGGAUGUCCGCUCACCCCAGAGAAGCCGCUAAUUCGCCUCAGGGUAGACUACACCGGAGGAUUCGAGACUUUCAACACGUCCCGCUUCAGUCAGAAAUAUGUGGACCGUGUGGCCAACCCAAAAGACAUUAUUCACUUUCUCAGAUGCCGCGAGAAAAAGGAGCAAGUCAAAGAUGAAAACUAUGUUGACUACAGCAAAGCGAUAAAAACGUCUGCAGUUGAGGGCCUGAGAGUUGAGGACCUGGUCAAACAGUACUUUGAAGUGGCCGAGCAGAAGGUGCAACUGUCCCUCCUGACCGAGCAGGGCAUGGGCAAAGCCAUUCAGGAGUUUGUAGACAAAGACGAGAAAGACGCCAUCGAGGAGUUGAUUACCUACCAGCUGGAAAACCAGCUAGCAUGUAGCUCCCAAGAUCCUGAGACCACUACAAGUGUAGACACUGAACCAAAUGCUUCUGAUGCUUAUGAUUCAACCAAUUCAGCAGUAGCCAGUUGCUCGGAUGAAUGUGAGGUCACUGCACCUCUGGACAGCAUAGAAAAUGAGCUGAAUCUUUCUUCAACACCAUCUACAGUGACAACUCUACCUAGUGAUCCCGCUAAAUGGGCUGAGACCCUCACUGAGUCAAUGAAGGAAGUUCUUAUUCAAAGAGGUGCAAAAUCAUUUCACAACCGUCACAGCCAUUAUCCAGCUUCUGUGAGGAACAGUGGGCUAGGAGGCAAAACCCGAUGCCUAAACAAUGAACAUUUUACUUCACACUUGCCCAAUGGACAACGAGUACAAAGAGAGUGGCUGAUGUACUCUCCCUCUACUGGUAAUGUUUACUGCUUUGCAUGCAAACUGUUUUCCCCAAAAACGCAUUCUUUUGUGACAGGCUAUUGUGAUUGGAAACACUCAGAAAGAUUUGGUGAACAUGAGCGAAGUGCUGAGCACAUAACCUGCAUGCAAGCAGUCUUGAACCGCGCCAAAGGGAGGGACUAA